CAUUGGGGAACAGAGGCUCUGUAUAAUCAUUUGAUAAGAGAAAUCGUGGCUAGAAAUUUAUACACCACGGUGAGACAGGUGACUCAACAGUGUGAUCUUUGCCUCCAGACUAAUCCUAAGAAUACCCCCAAGCCGGAAAUGGGCCAGAUUGGAAAAGGCAAUGGGCCUGGACAACAAUGGCAAAUUGAUUUUACAGAACUUCCAAGAAAAGGGGGGUAUCGAUAUUUAUUGGUAUUAACUGAUACCUUCUCAGGUUGGCCAGAAGCAUUCCCAACAAGAACGGCUAAAGCUCGGGAGGUAACUAAAAUACUGGUGCAAGAGAUAAUACCACGUUUUGGGGUUCCAGCAACCAUGUCCUCUGACAGAGGACCACAUUUUGUCUCAAAAAUAAUACAACAAAUUAGCUGCCAUUUGGGUAUAGAUUGGCAGCUUCAUACUCCAUAUCACCCCCAGUCGAGUGGUCAAGUGAAAAAAUGAACCACUUACUUAAUCAAACAGCAAAUUGUGAAAUUAGGACAAGCAGCAAAUUUGACAUGGCCUCAGUCUCUCCCUUUAGCCCUUUUGCGUAUACGAACAAGACCAAGGGCGAAAGAAGGACUGAGCCCCUUUGAAAUCCUGUAUGGACAACCCUAUGGGAUACAGAGAGGGGUGUCUGUACAAGCGGGGGAUGAAAUUAUGACUUCUUACAUGGUAGCAUUAGGUAAGCAACUUAAUAAAAUCAGGAAGCAUGUGGCUGGGACUCGAGGGAGAGGUUUGGAUGGACCUGUACAUAAUAUACAACCAGGAGAUUAUGUGUAUAUAAAGUCUCUUACAGAAAAAACUCUGGAGCCACAGUGGGAAGGACCAUUCCAAGUACUACUCACCUCCUUUACUGCAAUCAGAAUCAAGGAACAGAACGCCUGGAUUCAUCACACCAGAGUGAAAAAGACACCCAAAACUCCAUGGAAAGUCACCACAAAACCCGAUGGACACUUAGUUUUUACGCGGUAAUAUGGGCAACUGUGGGGACAAGGAGCGUAGCAUGGGAUGGGA